AUAGGCGGCGGAGAAGUAUGCAACGUGGAGGUGAUUGAACAUAAUGAACGAAAAUCGAGAGUAAAAGGCGAAGGAGCGGUGGGAGCGAUGCGCAUGGUUGUUAACGACGCAUUCCUCCCAUUAACUAAAUGGCUAUGUCUUUACCUCUUCGUUUUCAUUCCUCAUCUUUCUCUCUCACUUCUCUUGGGGUUGUGAGAAAAGUGCUAGGGAGUCUUAUAACAGAUAUUGUUCAACCAAGGAGUGGACAUUCGCACUUAGCAAAAAGAGGUGGAAGACUAAUAUCGUGUAAGGUUUGUGCGAGGCUGGUACAUACAAUGUGCCGGAUCUCUGUCCCUGGGACCUUACCAAGAACUGAUGGAAAGACCUCAACUAAUAUCUCAAGGGAUAAGAAGACAGUUCCAGAAGCAGAUCCUCCCAGUAUCAAAGAUGUUCAGCUUUUGUAUGAAUUUUUGGACCGGAGUACCAAGCUCACAGUAUUGACUGGAGCUGGAAUCAGUACAGAGUGUGGCAUCCCUGACUACAGAAGCCCCAAUGGAGCUUAUAGUUCUGGUUUCAAGCCAAUAACCCAUCAGGAGUUUCUCCGUUCAAGUCGAGCUCGGAGGAGAUAUUGGGCUAGGAGCUAUGCUGGAUGGAGGCGAUUUACAGCAGCACAACCAUCUGCUGCCCAUACUGCAUUGGCUACAAUAGAUAGAGCUGGCCGAAUCGACUUAAUGAUUACCCAAAAUGUUGAUAGGUUGCAUCAUCGUGCUGGUAGCAACCCAUUAGAAAUACAUGGGACUGUAUACACUGUAAUAUGUAUAGAUUGUGGAUAUUCCUUUUGCCGGAGCUUGUUUCAGGACCAGUUGAAGGCCCUUAAUCCAAAGUGGGCAGAAGCAAUUGAUAACUUGGACCAUGGAAACCCUGGAUCAGAUAAGAGCUUUGGCAUGAAACAAAGACCUGAUGGUGAUAUUGAGAUUGAUGAAAGAUUUUGGGAGGAGGAUUUUAUCAUCCCAACUUGUCACAAGUGCAAUGGAGUUCUCAAACCUGAUGUUGUCUUCUUUGGUGAUAAUGUUCCCAAGGACAGAGCAGAUAUGGCAAUGGAAGCGUCUAGAAGAUGUGAUGCUUUUCUUGUACUUGGGUCAUCUCUGAUGACCAUGUCUGCUUUUCGACUUGUCAGGGCAGCUCAUGAAGCUGGUGCUGCUACUGCAAUUGUGAACAUAGGUGUGACGCGUGCUGAUAAUUUUGUGCCCUUGAAAAUAAAUGCACGAUUGGGUGAGAUCCUGCCAAGACUACUUGACAUGGGAUCUAUAAGCAUACCAGCUGUGUAAUGAUAGAUGAAAAAAUGGUAUCAAGUUGCAUUCAAAUCAGUAACCUGUAUUUUAUUCCAUCAUUCUUGUCCCCAUGUAAAGAUAUUGACGAGGAAUUAUAUAUAAAGUAACUGAUAUUUGUGUUAUC